AUGCGGUUGGGGAGGAAGAAAGGAUGUGAAGAAGAAGUAUGCAAUGAGGGCAUAGUCUUCACGGAUGAGGACCUGGGAGGAGUCCAGGCGCCCCAUAACGAUGCUUUGGUCAUAACCCUACGAAUUGGGGAGUAUGACACGGAGAGAAUCUUGGUGGAUUCGGGAAGCUGCGCGGAGGCGUUGUACUAUGAUGCAUUUAAGAAUGGAGGAGCAGUCUGGCCAUUGGGCAAAGUAACACUGCUUGUUCGGGCAGGAACGGUGAUGCUACGAACCGACUUCCUGGUGGUAGAUGUGUCGUCUUCUUAUAACGCGAUUAUAGGAAGAACGUGGUUGCACAACAUGAGGGCAGUUUCCUCCACUUACCAUCAGAUGGCACCCAAAGCAAAAUUGGUCCAAGCCAUCGAGGUUCCAGACCAGCUGACCAUCGAGGAUGUCGGAGGGAACCUUGCUGAGAAAGUGGUGGAAGACUUGAAAAAGGUUCAGAUCAACAAGACUGAUCCAGAAAGGUAUUUCCUGAUUACGGAAAACUUGAACAAGGAAGAAGAGAAAGAGUUGGUCGGGUUCCUCAAGGAGCACGUUGAUGUGUUUGCUUGGGUACCCGAAGAGAUGCUUGGGGUGGAUGCAAACGUGAUUUGCCACCACUUGAAUGUGGAUCCACAGCAUAAGCCUGUGAUGCAGAAAAAGAGAAGAUCAACCGUACAACACAUAGACGUUUUUAUCGAGGAGGUUGACCAUUUGCUAGAAGCAAAGGCCAUACGACAGGUCUACUACCUUGAGUGGUUGUCUAACACUGAAAAGAAGAAUGGAAAGUGGCGUGUCUGUGUCGACUUCACCGACUUGAACAAGGCAUGUCCAAAGGACAGUUUCCCUCUCCUAAGGAUAGACCAAUUGGUGGAUUCAACAACAGGGUAUGGGAGGAUGAGUUUCCUCGAUGCAUGA